GCCGUUUCUGGACGUAAAACCAGAGGAAGAUGUGAGCCACAAUCACAACUACUUAUAUAUACGCAAGAUUUUUGUUUGUAUUUAUUUCUUGUUGAAUUGUUGUAUAGCUACUUUUGAUCUCCAAACUUCUUUUCAGGACAUACAAAAGAAACAAACAUGGAAGGGCAGUUCGUUCGUCAAAUUAAAACCAUAUGUGUACUUUGUGGCUCUCAACUUGGGAGUGAUAUUUGUUACGCACUUGCAGCGAACGAACUUGGUAAAAAAUUAGGAGAGAAAAAAAUUAAUUUGGUAUAUGGAGGGGGAAGUCGUGGAUUGAAUGGUUAUGUUUCACAAGCUGUACAUCUUGGAAAUUCAUCUGUGGUAGGUAUAAUGCCAAUCCCUUUAGCUGAACCACAUAUUUCCGGGAUUACACGCGGUCAACUUAUAGAAACGACUUCUAUGUCUGAGCGCAUGGCUUGUAAGAUUUAUCAGUCAGAUGCCUUCAUUGCUUUACCAGGAGGUUUUGGAACACUUGAAGAAAUCUUUUGUAUAAUCUCCUGGGCCAAGAGUAAUCUCCAUACCAAACCCAUUGGACUUUUAAAUGUUAACCAUUUUUUCGAUGGGUUACUCUCUUUUCUUGAUCAGGCUGUGGACCAACAGUUCAUUUCUCGUUCAGCAAGAAAGAUUCUCAUUUCUGCAUCCACCAUUGAUAAGCUGUUAGAGAAAUUACAUGCUUAUGUUCCACAGUACGAUCCUCAUGAGCCUCGGAUAGACUGGUCUAAGGCAAUUAGUAACAAGCGCCAAAGGGGUCCGAUUAAUUUAGAUUUAUCACUGUGAGAAAUGCUCUUUAAUAAGAUGGCUGAGUAAGGAGUACUUUUUGUACUCUUGAGACGCAUCUAGUUAUUGUACAACUCGCAGAAUUUUUCUUGGUUGUGUUCUUUAAAAAAAAAAAAACAAAACAAAACUGUGGAAUGUUGUUAGCAAAGUCUUUGAUAAGAUGGCUGAGUAAGGAGUACUUUUUGUACUCUUGAGACGCAUUUUGCUUAUCUUAUGACUUGCAUGAAAUUUUUAUUUUGGUGUGAAAAUAUAAAUAUAUAUAUAUGGUGUGCUCAUUUGUUGUUUAAGUUUUAGCAGUUCACAGCAAAUCUAUGGACUUGUGGAGUUACAGGUAUUCCUAACAACCCUGAUUUAUUACUGCAAUUCAAGUUGGGGGGUGUAAGGUCUAGUCAUGAAUCAUCUGAUUUAUAUUUAACUGUGAGUUUGUAAUUACUAGUUUGUAGUCUUGUGGGAAUUGAUUGUCUUUAUCUACUCUUAUAAAAAAAAAAAAAAA